UCUUUCUCCCCACAACAGUCACGCUCCCUCACAAUGGAGCUCGCUCUCCCCCUCCUCCUCGUCCUUGCAAGCCUCUCGCUUGCCAAUGCCAAUGCCGGCGGCGGCGGCAACACGACGACCUACAUCGUGUUCAUGGACCCGGCGCGGAUGCCGGCCGUGCACGCGUCCCCGGCGCACUGGCACGCGGCGCACCUCGAGUCACUGUCCAUCGACCCGGCGCGCCACCUGCUCUACUCCUACUCCGCCGCGGCCCACGGAUUCGCGGCGGCGCUGCUCCCGGACCACCUGACCAUGCUCCGCGGCACCCCCGAGGUGCUCCAGGUCGUGCCGGACGAGGUGUUCCAGCUCCACACCACGCGCUCCCCGGAGUUCUUGGGCCUGUUAACGCCGGCGUACCAGCCGGCCAUCGGCAAUCUGGAGGCGGCCACGCACGACGUGGUCAUAGGUGUCCUGGACACCGGCGUCUGGCCGGAGUCGCCGAGCUUCUCGGGCGGCAACCUGCCGCCACCGCCCGCGCGGUGGAAGGGGGUGUGCGAGGCCGGCGUCGAUUUCCCGCCGAGCGCCUGCGGGAGGAAGCUGGUGGGGGCGCGCAGCUUCGCACGCGGGCUCCGUGCGGCGAACGGCGGCGCUAUAGGCGUGGGGAAGACGACGUUCAGGUCGGCGCGCGAUAGGGACGGGCACGGGACGCACACGGCAAGUACGGCGGCGGGGGCGGUGGUGGCGAACGCGAGCUUGCUCGGGUACGCCACGGGGACGGCGCGUGGGAUGGCGCCCGGGGCGCGCGUGGCCGCAUACAAGGUGUGCUGGCCGGAAGGGUGCCUCGGCUCCGAUAUCCUCGCCGGCAUUGACGCCGCCGUUGCCGACGGGGUGGGCGUGCUGUCACUGUCCCUCGGAGGCGGCGCGGCGCCGUACUUCCGGGACACCGUGGCGGUCGGCGCCUUCGGUGCCGCGGCGGCCGGCGUGUUCGUCUCCUGUUCCGCCGGGAACUCCGGCCCAUCCGGCGCCACCGUCUCGAACUCCGCGCCGUGGGUCGCCACCGUCGGCGCCGGCACGCUAGACCGCGAUUUCCCAGCCUACGUCACGCUCCCCACAGGUGCACGCCUCGCCGGCGUGUCCCUCUACGCGGGCCCCUCCCCCUCUCCCCACCCCGCCAUGCUCCCUCUCGUCUACGGCAGUGGGCGCGACAACGCGAGCAAGCUCUGCCUCUCGGGGACGCUCGACCCGGCCGCGGUGCGCGGCAAGAUCGUGCUCUGCGACCGCGGCGUCAACGCGCGCGUGGAGAAGGGUGCCGUCGUCAAGGCCGCCGGCGGCGCCGGGAUGGUGCUGGCCAACACGGCGGCCAGCGGCGAGGAGCUCGUGGCGGACAGUCAUCUGCUCCCGGCCGUGGCGGUUGGGCGGUCGGUCGGCGACAAGAUACGGGAGUACGCGGCGCGCGGCGGCGGCAGGCCGAUGGCAAUGCUGAGCUUCGGCGGCACGGUUCUUGGCGUCCGGCCGUCGCCCGUCGUGGCGGCAUUCAGCUCUCGCGGCCCCAACACCGUCGUGCCGGAGAUCCUCAAGCCGGACAUGAUUGGCCCGGGGGUAAACAUCCUGGCCGCGUGGUCCGGCAUAGCGGGACCGACCGGGCUCGCCAAGGACGGCCGCCGGACGAACUUCAAUAUCAUCUCCGGGACAUCCAUGUCCUGCCCUCACAUCAGUGGAGUUGCUGCACUACUGAAGGCCGCUCACCCUAACUGGAGCCCUGCUGCCAUCAAGUCUGCACUCAUGACCACUGCAUACACUGUUGACAACACAAACUCCUCUCUGCGGGAUGCAGCAGAUGGGUCGCUUGCAAACGCAUUUGCUUAUGGUGCUGGCCAUGUCGACCCACAGAAGGCGCUUUCUCCAGGCCUUGUGUAUGAUAUCUCCACCAAUGACUACGUUGCCUUCCUCUGCUCCCUGGACUACAGCGCCCCACACAUCCAAGUGAUCACCAAGAUGUCCAACUUCUCCUGUCCGAAGAAAUUCCGUCCUGGUGAUCUCAACUACCCUUCGUUCUCGGUGGUGUUCAAGCAGAAAUCGAAGCGGGUCCUGAGGUUCAGAAGGGAGGUAACCAACGUUGGCCCAGCGACGUCUGUCUACAACGUGAAGGUCAGCAGCCCUGAAUCUGUUAGCGUCAUGGUGACACCGACUAAACUGACGUUCAAGAAGGUCGGGCAGAAGCAGAGAUACUAUGUCACCUUCAUGUCGAAGGCUGGUCAAGGCCAAGCAAAACCGAAUUUCGGGUGGAUAUCCUGGGUGAACGAUGAGCACGUUGUUCGCAGCCCGGUUGCCUAUACAUGGAAGAUGUGAGGACGGUAAGUUCAGUCUUCCUGGUGCCUAAUCAUGGUCCGAAGCAGAUGCAAGAUAGACAGCUUGAUGUAGUUUGCUGAUCACUCUCCACAAAGAGAAUCGGCGUGGAGCCCUCGACUGCAAACCUAUGUUUGUUUCUUCCCUCGGUCGGUCGGUAACUCACCGGACCUUAGUUUCGCCUCUAGUUUUCAGAAGUCCGGCAUGUAACUUGUGAAAUUAACAUGUGAGGUUUCCUUUCUUUCUGGCUUAGGCCUGCAGACAUGAAAUCAAUCUGCCGUUUGGUGUAGCCAUGUGGCUGGUAAUAUGUACUGGCUCUACAUCGACUCUGUUACCUGAAGCUGUGCAGAAUGAAAUGAUUGGGUUUCUCUGCUA